UUUGGACUCGCGCUUGCAGCGAUUCGUGUUGUAUAGCUUUCCGCUCGGCACGGCUCGGCUUUAUUGUUAACUAUUUUACCAAUGUCUCAACUUGUGAAAGUAAAGGCAGCAUCGCAUGUUCUCUAGCAAAGAACCUAGAUAAACUCGGUAAAAUAGUCAGAUUAGUCGUCACAUCACAAAGAGAGUGUUCAAAGGAAAUGUAACCGCCGAUCGAGGCACUGUGACACAGUUAUCUGGUGGCGCCCAGUUUUGUAUUGGUGGAAGAGAGAACCCAGAUACAAUGUACCUGGGAAGAGACCACCGACCUUCCGAAAGUAAACUGGGAAACUUUCUCACGUACCGGCGCGAGCGGGAUUCGAACCUGUUACAUGUGAAUAUGAAGGAUGGAAGGGAGGUGGAGCGGUUUCUAAUUCCAUUUGGAAGUGUAAUGAAACACAUAAAGACACAUACUGGUAAUGAACUCUAUAGUUAUAAUGUCUGUGGAAAAAAAUCAAAAUCAAGCUGAAAGAUUAAAGGAACACGAGAGUAUGGAUACAGAUGAAAACCCUUGUAAAUGUGACGUCUGUGGGAAAGAAUUUGAUGUUGCAGACAAACUAAAGUGGCACAUGGUAAUACACACUGCAAAUAGACCUUUUAAAUGUGAAAUAUGUGUGAAGGGGUUCCUUUCUAGAUCUUCUUUACAGAGUCACUUGUUAAUACACACAGGUGACAGAUUUUUUGAAUGUGAAGUCUGUGGAAAGGCAUUUAGUCAAGCAGGAAAUUUAAAGAUACACAUGAAAACACAUACAGGUCAUAAACAUGCAGGUGAUAGACAUUUUCAAUGUGAUAAAUGUGCAAAAGCCUUCCGAACAGAAGGGUUUUAUGAGAGACACAUAAAGACACAUACGGGUGAUAAACCCUUUCAAUGUGAUGUAUGUGGGAAGUCAUUCAAAGCCAGAUGUUUUUUACAGAGGCACAUGGAAACACAUACAGGUGAGCUAUCUUUCGAAUGUGAUGUCUGUGGAAGGGGAUAUAGUCUAGCGGCAAAUUUAAAGAAACACAUGGAGACACAUACAGAUGAUAAACCUUUUGAAUGUGGCGUAUGUGGGAAAACCUUCCGAGCUAGAUGGAAUUUAAAUCAACACAUGAAGACACAUUCAGAUGAUAAACCUUUUCAAUGUGAUAUAUGUGGGAUGGCGUUCAGGGUAAAUUUCUUCUUAGAGAGACAUAUGGUAACACAUACAGGCGAGAGACCUUAUAAAUGUGAUGUAUGUGGCAACACUUAUACUCAGUUAGGAACUUUACAGAUACACAUGAGGACACAUACAGAUGAGAGAGUUAAUAAAUGCACAUUCUGCGGGAGGACAUUUCCCUGUGAUCAAAAGUUAAAGAAACACAUGGAAAAACAUAAUUACAAAUGUGAGGUCUGUGGAAAGUCUUAUAGUCGAUUACGGUAUUUACAGACACAUAAAAAGAACACACAUUCAGGUGAUACACAUAAUAGAGAUGAUUCUCCAUAUAAAUGCGAUAUAUGUGGGGAAUAUUUUGCCAUGACGAAACAUUUACAGGCACACAUGAGGAAACACACUGGUUCUAGGCCAUAUGAAUGUGAUGUAUGUGGAAAAGUCUUUAGUCAAUCAGGAAAUUUACAGGUACACAUGAGGACACACACAGGUGAUAUACCUUAUAAAUGUGAUGUCUUUGGAAAGGCUUGUAGUCAAUCAGGAAAUUUACAGGCACAUAAGAAGGCACAUACAGGUGAUGGAAAUACAAGAUGUGGUGCUCAUCACAGGUGUGAUGUAUGUGGAAAGAAUUUUUCUCAGUCAAGAGAUUUACAGGUACAUAUGAGGACACACACAGGUGAUAGGCCAUAUGAAUGUGAAGUCUGUGGAAAGGCAUUUUCUCAAUCGCAGAACGUAAGAAAACACAUGAGGAUACAUACAGGCGAAAAACCUUAUAUGUGUGAUGUGUGUGGUAAGACAUUUAAUGUUUCAUGCAACUUACAGAAACACAGGAGAACACAACAUACUCGAUCAGAAGUGUUACAGAGACACUUGAGGAUACCUACAGGUGAUAAGCCAUAUAAAUGUAAUGUCUGUGGGGAGACAUUUUCUGUAUCAGGGAAAUUAGGAAGACACGUGAUGACACAUACAGAUGAAAGGCCCUAUAAAGGCGAUACCUGUGGAAAGACAUUUUGUCUAGCAGGCGUUUUACGAAAACACAUGAUGACACAUACAGGCGAUAAACCUUUUCAAUGUGAUGUGUGUGGGGAUGAUUUCCAGAAUAAAUAUUCUUUACAGAGACACAUGAAACAAGUAAAAAUGGAUACAAGUGAAAAAUGUUCUAAAAGUGGGAAGGAAUGUAGUGUUAAAGAGAAACUAAAAAGGCACAUUCUGGAACACACAACUUACAGGCCUUAUAAAUGUGAUAUCUGUGGAGAGGCAUACAGUUUAUCAGAAGAUUUAGAGAGACACAUUAGUACACAUACCGAUGAAAAACGUUUUCAAUGUGACGUAUGUGGGAAGGAGUUCCAGGCUACAUGUUUUUUACAGAGACACAAAAUAACACAUGCAGAUGAAAAACGUUAUAAAUGUGAUGCCUGUGGAAAGACGUUUCGUCUAUCAGAAAAUUUACGGAAACACAUGAUGACACAUACAGGCGAUAAACCUUAUAAAUGUGAUGCAUGUGGGAUGGCUUUCGAGAGUAAACGUUAUUUAGAGAGACACAUGGUAAGACACACAGGUGACAAACCUUUUCAUUGUGGUGUAUGUGGGAAAACUUACACCCAGUCAGGUGCUUUACUAAUACACAUGCGGAUACAUACAGGUGAUAAACUUCAAAAAUGUGAUGUAUGUGGGAAAACAUUUCCUCUUGCAAAAUCCUUAAGGAUACACAUGAGAUCACACACAGGUGAUAGGCCUUACGAAUGUGAUGUCUGUGGAAAGGCUUACAGUCAAUCAGGGAAAUUGGUGGAACAUAAGAAGGCACAUGCAGGUGAUACACAUUCUAAAUGUGAUGUAUGUGGGAAAGUUUUUCGUCUGUUAAUAGAUUUUCAGGUACAUCAGAGGACACAUACAGGUGAUAAACCGUAUCGAUGUGAUGUAUGUGGAAAGUCAUUUUCUCAAUCAGGGAUCCUAAGAAUACACCUGUGGAAGCAUAAGGGAGUCGCAUGGGUAUAUACACAGUCGUCUUUACCUUACGAAUGUGAUAUCUGUCCAAACACGUAUACUAUAGCUGAAAGAUUAAAGAAACACAUGAGAAUGGAUACCGGGGAACAACUUUCUAAAGGUAAUGAAAGUGGGCAGGAAUGGAAAGUUACAGAGAAAUUAAAGAAGCAUAUGGAAACACACACUGAUGAUAUGCCUUAUAAAUGUGAAAUAUGUGGGAAGAAGUUCCGUUACAGAUCUUCUUUACAGAGUCACAUGAUAACACACACAGGUGACAGAUCUUUUGAAUGUGAUAUGUGUGGAAAGGCGUAUGGUUUGGCAGGAAAUUUAAAGAAACACAUGGUAACACAUACAGGUGAAAAACCUUUUUUGUGUGACGUCUGUGGGAACACGUAUCGUCAGUUAGGAUCGUUACAGACACACAUGAGAAUUCAUUCAGGUGAUGGGCUUCAGAAAUGUGAUGUCUGUGGGAAAACAUUUACUCUUGCAAAAUCCUUAAAGGAACACAUGAGAACACACACCGAUGAGAGACCUUACGAAUGUGAUGUUUGUGAAAAGAGGUAUAGUCUAGCGGGAAAUUUAAAGAAACACAUGGUCUCAUUGACAAACAAAACCAACACGUGUUUUCCAAAUGUGAACAAUAAAACACAGCGACAAAUUAUGAGCACGAAUACAAGUGAACAACUUUACACGUGUAAUGUCUGUGAAAAGACACUGAAUAACAAGUCUAACUUAAGGAGACACAUGAGAACACAUACAGGUGAAAAACCUUACCAGUGUGACGUAUGUGGGAAAGCCUUUAAUCAAUCAGGACAGUUAAUUAGGCACAAGAGAAUACAUACAGGUGAAAAACCUUAUCAUUGCUAUGUCUGUGGAAAGGGGUUUGGACGCUCGGGAGUGCUACAGAGACACAUGAGGACGCAUACAGGUGAGAAGCCUUAUGAAUGUGUUGUCUGUGGGAAGGCGUUCAGCACCUCAGGAAACUUGCAGAAACACAAGAAAACACAUUUGGUUGAUAAACCUUAUCAGUGCGGUGUGUGUGGGAAGGCGUAUCGGCGAUCCGGAACUUUACAAGAACACAUGAGGACACAUGCAGUGGAUAUAUCUUACAAAUGUGAUGUCUGUGGGAAGACAUUUAAUCAAAAAAGUAACUUAACCACACACAUGGGGACGCACACGAAUGAGAAGCCUCACAAAUGUACUGUCUGUGGAAAGGCAUUUUAUCAAAACUGUACCUUAAGGAUACACAUGAGGAAACACACGGGUGACAUGCCUUAUAAAUGCACUGUCUGUAGAAAGACGUUUAAUCAAAAAUGUAACUUAAACAUACAUAUGAGGACACACACUGGUGAAAAACCUUUUAAAUGUGAUGUGUGUGAAAAAGCUUUUAAUCAAAAGUGUAACUUAGACAUACACAAGAGGACACACACAGGGGAUAAACCUUACCAGUGUGAUGUCUGUGGAAAUGCGUAUAGUCAGGCAGGAACUUUACAAAUACACAAGAGGACACAUACAGGGGAUAAACCUUAUGAAUGCGGUGUGUGUGGAAAGGCUUGUAGUCAAUCUGGAGAUUUACAGAGACACAUGAAAACACAUGCAGGUGAUUUAUUUCAGACGACAUUCGAACAAAAACCCACAUUAUGAUAUAGACAGAUGAUAUAGACAGAUGAUAUGAUUUAUACAGAUGAUAGCCGUAUGAAUUUGGUUUCUGGGUUCAGCCGUUCCAUCCACAGUACUGGAUGCGUAAUAAAUGUGGUGUGAAGACAUAACACAGACACUUGAGAGCACCGUACAAACCUAUAAAUAGAUGUGAUGACAAGUCACGUGGUGGGGGGUUACUUGUAGGAAUGUGGUGACAAGACACAUGUUUGGGUACUUGUAGGAAUGUGGUGAUGAGUCACGUGAUGGUGGGUUACUUGUAGGAAUAUGGUGACUAGUUGCGUGGUGGUGGGGUACUUGUGAAAAUGUGGUGCCAAGUCGCGUGGUGGUGGGGUACUUGUAGGAAUGUGGUGCCAAGUCGCGUGGUGGUGGGGUACUUGUAGGAAUGUGGUGACAAGUCACGUGGAAGAGUACUUGUAGGAAUGUGGUGACAAGUCACGUGGAGGGGUACUUGUAGGAAUGUGGUGACAAGUCACGUGGAGGGGUACUUGUAGAAAUGUGGUCACAAGUCACGUGGAGGGGUACUUGUAGGAAUGUGGUCACAAGUCACGUGGAGGGGUACUUGUAGGAAUGCGUGAAAAUACGUACCCGUGAUGAUCGUUAUGAUCUCCAUAAAGAGACAGUUAUGUUCGUCUGAAACGCAUGAAGACUCGCAAAGAUCUUCUAAACCAUUAGAAAUGCUUACGUUUGCAUUGUUACGUAGGCAAAUCUGGUUAUUUACAAAGACAUUGAAUGGGGGGGGGGGGGGACUCUUCAGGAUAAACCCUUAAUGACACAUCUGUAUGUCGUUUUGUACUUAUGUCUUUUUUAUAAGGACGAAAUAAAUCCGUGUUACGUGUAUGAA